GCAGCGAUGGCGCGCACGAAGCAGACGGCGCGGAAGUCGACGGGCGGCAAGGCGCCCCGCAAGCAGCUGGCCACCAAGGCUGCCCGCAAGAGCGCGCCGGCCACGGGCGGCGUCAAGAAGCCGCACCGCUACCGGCCCGGCACGGUGGCGCUGCGCGAGAUCCGGCGCUACCAGAAGUCCACGGAGCUGCUGAUCCGCAAGCUGCCCUUCCAGCGCCUGGUGCGCGAGAUCGCGCAGGACUUCAAGACCGACCUGCGCUUCCAGAGCUCGGCCGUCAUGGCGCUGCAGGAGGCCAGCGAGGCCUACCUGGUGGGGCUCUUCGAGGACACCAACCUGUGCGCCAUCCACGCCAAGCGCGUCACCAUCAUGCCCAAGGACAUCCAGCUGGCCCGCCGCAUCCGCGGGGAGCGCGCCUGA